AUGACCGAGGGUAAGCAGCAGAGCGACGAGAAGCAACCGCUUUCCCAGGAUCCAGAAACUGUGGAGAAGGAGCUCGAGGAGAUUGGAUUCGUCCCGCCGCCAGAUGGUGAGUCAUCAGAAACUUUGUCUUAACCUAAAUACGGGGAAUUCGGUAUCAAACUUCUGAUUACAGGUGGAUAUGGAUGGGCAAUCGUCAUCUCCUCCUUCCUCCUCAACAUGAUCGUCGAUGGUGUCAUCUUCACCGUCGGAAAAAUUCUUCAGCCUGCCUGGGUCGCCGGAUUCAACGUCUCCGAGGCUUCCGCCUCCCUCACUAUGUCCAUUCUAUCCGGGUUCUACUUCUUUGUUGGUAAGCAAACACAAAUACCCCUCUUUUCGACAAAACCUUGUUAAAACGAUUCAUUUUUACAGGUCCCUUCGCCUCGGCCUUGUGCAACGUCUUCGGUUGUCGGCAGGUCGCUCUGGCUGGAUCGAUAAUAGCUGCCAUCGGAUUCCUGGCCUCUAUCCCUGCCCCGAACAUCUACGUCUUGUACCUCACCUUUGGACUCAUUGGUGGAGCCGGAUUUGGAAUGAUGUAUCUUCCGGCAAUCGUGAUCAUUUCACAAUAUUUUGCAAAGAAGCGCUCGUUGGCUACUGGAAUCGCCGUCUGCGGAAGUGGAAUUGGAACGACUAUCUUCGCAAUGCUCAACGACGUCGUCUGGGAGUUUGUGAAGAGAGAUUGGCAGCAAUUCCUUGUCUACACUUCUGCCGUUACUAUCAGCGGAUUCGCCGCUGCUCUUCUCCUGAGACCGUUGAAAGCCAGCCAAGAGCAGAUUGAAGAAGUCGCCAAGAUUGUCGAGCAGUACGAAGAAACCAAGGAAAAGGUCCCAGAGUCUCCGAGCCUCAGCAAGCACAACACUCCGUUCCUGAGCUCUCUGGAACUUCACACCACCGGAAAGCUUCAUAAUGUAAGCAUUUCCACACACUAUACGAGAUUCUCAUGAGAUAUGUACCUUUCAGCACCGUAAUGGAUCCGUCAAAAGCAUCAUCGAAGCCGUUGCCAAGGAUGUUGAGGAUCUGAAUCGCCCGCUUUCCCGUAUGGACGUCUUCUACACCGGAUCCACUACCAACAUCGCUGCCAGAAGCCGCACUGGAACCAGUUAGUUCGCUUUUGUGCUCAGCUGGGGGGAAAUGCAUAGCUUUUUCAGUGAACCGAGAAGAAGCGGCUGAGCACUUGAAGCAUCUCCGUGACAACCUGAAGGAGGACACUCCACAGCAGUACCUUUCGAAAGUGGAUCUGACUGUGGCGGAAGACGGAACCAUCAAUCAUGUCAAGGAGCGAUCUGUGCUGGCCGACAUCGGACAGGCCCUGAAGAGUCUCCUGGACCGUCAACUCCUUGGAUCCCCGUCCUUCCUGCUCCUCGCUUUCUCCGGAACGCUCACACUUUGCUGCUUCUACGUCCCGUUCAUCUAUCUCGGAAAUCACUUGGACAAGGUCAGUUAAAUCUAAAAAUAUUAGUCUUAAAUCAUGAUACUCUCCAGAUUGCGGGUCUCACCGUCGCCCAGAAGUCAUUCACCGUCUCUCUGAUCGGAGUUCUCAACAUCAUUGCUCGUAUUGGAUGCGGCUACAUUGCUGACCGCCCGGAAGUCUCUGCCCUCGUCGUCAACAACAUCGCCCUCAUCCUGGCCGGACUCGCCACCAUGACCGUUCCGUUCUACACGGAGUACUGGCAUUUCUUGGUCUAUUGCAUUCCGUUCUCGAUCGGAGUCGCUUGUUUCGCUGCCCUCCGCUCCGUCAUUGUGCUCGAGCUGAUUGGCCUGGAGAAGAUGAGCAAUGCUUUCGGAAUCCUCCUCACCUUUAUGGGAGUUGGAGCUGUCGUCGGAUCGCCAAUGGCUGGUAAGUUGAACACCGUUCUUCCUUCGGUCUUCUAGAGCAGUGAUAUUGCACCAAACGUAUUUUCAGCUGCCAUCAAAGACUAUACCGGCAAUUUCGACACCUCUUUCUACGUGAUGGGAGCCUUGAUGGCGAUCAGUGGAGCAAUCUGCAUUCCGCUCGCUUCCCUGCGCAAGUGGGAGAUGUCCCGUGCUACCAAGACCGAUGCCAAGACCGAGGUGGAACUCCAGAAGCUCAAGGAUGACAACUGA